CGUUACCGAUGAUGAGUUACGGAGAACAGUUUAGCGCCAGCUAUGUUUGCUAAAAUCCGUUAUGAUUAAUCCCGAGCGACACGAUUAGUUCAUCGAAGAUAAAUACGCUACAGGCACCUAAUACCAAGUCUAAGCGCUACUGGGAUGUAAUUAAUGGAGUGAUGUUUGUAUAUAUGGUACUUCCUGCGAGCAAAAUAGAUCUCAUUGAAGAGGCAUGAGUGUGGAACUCUGAAUGCAGCAUACAUUAAGGUGCAACCCGAAGAAGUCAACAAAGAGUGAGAAGAAAUCGAGUGCAUAGAGGGAUAAGCUUUCUCUCGCAACCGAACGGAAUACCAAACGGGUGAUGGGCACAGAGAGAAAGCAACGGUUUUGGGCGAAUGAAAAUAAAAUUGUAGGAAAAUAAACCGAGAAGGAGUAGCAAAGCGUACAAAGUGCCUGACCUUGAUAAUCGUUUCGGCCGUCGGAUCGAAUGGGCGAUUAGUCGGCGUGGAUAGGCGAAACAUUUUCGACGUCGUCGCGACUUUCGUCAUCGGCUUGUUUUUGUUUUUAUUGUUUCCGAGCAAGUUGCGGUGCCGGUCUUUUGGCAGCGGUUGUGAAUUAUGAUUGGUGCGGUCGUCGUGGUGUUUAAAGAAAAGUGAAUACACAAAACUGGGUGCUCUUAAUUAAAAAUUCCAAAUAUUCGCUCUGCAAGAAAGAGAAGAAGUGCACAACUUUAUAAAGCAACUGAUUGUUGGAACCAGACCGUCCGAUUAAUAAUUUAGGAGAGACGUAACACCGCACCAGUUGUUGGCGGUGACUAACGGGAAUAAAACCGGGAAAUUACGCUUCGACUGCAGCGGACAUCUCAUUCCCGUUGACUUGGUGCAACGAGUAAGAAAACCAACACCAACCACAUCCGAAGAGCUUCAGAUAUUAGAUAUCCACGAUGGAUAAGCAAACAGUAGUACUUACCACAGUAUUUCUGCUGUUGGUUUUAGAAAUCAACACCGCCUUCGGAAUAAAGUGCUUUCGGUGUACGGUGGCACCACCGAACCGGUACGCCAACAAUACCAAAACCCAACUGUGUUCAAAAUUUGAUCACUCCGAUUAUUACACCGUCGACUGCCCGUGGUCAACGAUGUGCUCGAAGCGUAUCUUCAAGAUACAAUUGAUGAACCGCGAACAGGAGACCAUAAGCCGCGACUGUGCCCAACAGAAGAAAACCGAACAGGUCUAUAAAAACGGCAACUGGACCAAAGAGCACCACAUAGAGGAGCCGUACGAGGAAGGCUGCCAAACGAUAGAUGAUUCCACGUACUGCUACUGUCGGGGGUCGAUGUGCAAUACGGCAACCAAGGUCGAAAAAAACAGUUAUCAUACUGACGCAAUGGCAGUCAUAUUUGUGUUCAACGUGAUGAAGUACAUCAGGAAUAUAGACUACUGACACGAUGGUUAUGUUUCUAUUUCACGUUUUGUGCUAAUAAUUGAUAGAUUAACUUAACUGCUUUUCUGACUGAAAAUCGAGUCAAUGACGAAAAUGUUUUGUUGAACUUUUGUUUUAUGUUCGAAAUUCAUGUGAUAUAAUAAAUAAGUAGGUAUUUUU